AUGGACCCUACAUUGAUGCAACAAACCUACUUCCACGGCCUUCUGCCUCGCGAAGACCUACCGUCCAUGUUGCGCAAGCGUGGAGACUUUCUGAUUCGUCUGACAGAGCCAUCUAAAGGGCAGCCCAGAACCCACGUACUCUCACUCAAAGCACCCACGCCUACAGACAAGGACUCGGUCAGUUUCAUAGUUAAAUUAAUAGUUGUAGUAGAAAUAUAUUACUAUUUCAAGUUUUUGAUGAAGAUAUUUAUAAUUUAACCUUCCUUAUAGGUACGGCACUUUAUCAUAAAGUACGACAACGCAGGCUUCAUUAUCUACAAAAGACACUUCCCCACCAUUACAGAACUCGUCGAGUACCAUGUCAGACAAAGAGAACCAUUGAAUGUGGUGAGUCCAUUUGAUUAUAACAAAGCUUUGGUCUAGUUCUAUAUUGUUUUUAAUGUUUACUUUAACCAAACUUGUUCAGAAUCAGCCAGAAACUGCCAUUCUUAACCCGAUCCACAGACAAAGCUGGGAGCUUCUGCAUUCUGAAAUCUUCGUAGCGAAACAGAUAGGAGAAGGUGCAUUUGGUGCAGUUUGUCUUGGAAAGUGGACCUCGUUGGCUACGGGUAUUACAGUUGACUGUGCCAUCAAACAAGCAAAGCUAGAAGCAUUGGACAAGGAGCAGAUCAAAGAAGUGAUGCACGAAGCAAGAGUCAUGAGACCUCUAUUUCAUCCAAACGUGGUAUGUUUACAGUUUCAUCAAAAAUAAAUUAAAGUUUUCUGUUGUUUAGGCUUAAGACUCAACUUAAGACUCAAAUUAAGACUUAAGACUCAAAUCUCUGACCGAUUAUUGAUUUAUGAAAAAAAUUAACUUAUAAUCAACUUCCAGGUCAAGUUAUACGGUGUAGCCGCCAUGCAAGAGCCUCUGAUGAUCGUGAUGGAGUUUUGUAACCAAGGAGCCCUAAACAGUUACCUCGCCAAGACUGAACUGUCCAUCGAAAAGAGAACCGAGAUGUGCUUUGGAGCUGCCUGUGGCAUCAACUACUUACACGAAAGCGGCCUGCUUCAUCGUGACAUUGCGGCGAGGAACUGUCUGUACAGCGACAACCACGUCAAGAUCUCUGACUUUGGGCUGACUCGAGAAGGCCCAGUCUUUGACAUUGAUCCGUCGAAGCCGAUCCCAGUUAAAUGGAUAUCUCCAGAAGCCGUGGUUAAGCUGAAGUUCACGUACAAGACUGAUGUUUGGGCUUAUGGUCGGUUUUUUACAGAAGUUUCUAAAUUUACUCUUUGUUACUUAAACUUUUGUUCAAAGUUUCAUUAUAAACUUAAAUUAACAUUAUUUGUUACAGGAGUUAUGUGUUACGAGAUUUAUACUCGCGGAAGAGAUCCCUACAAUGAAUUGCCGGACGGUGAAGUCGUGAGACGUGUCCGAGAAGGCUACCGUCUUACGUUUCCAGAAGAAACUCCAAUGGAAAUGAAGGUAAAACAAAAUUAAUUAACCCAUUUGGCCGAGUUUUACACAAUAAUCAGUUUUUUUAGUAUUUGAUGGUAAACAAGGUAUUCGCGGAAGAAGCCAUACGACCAACGAUGGCAGAAGUUGUCUCUUACAUCAGUCGUGCUUAUGGUAUGUUGGCACCACCGGUUGCUUCGACUCCGAAGAAAGACAAGACCAAAGGAUUCUCGAUGUACAAGUUCCUGCCCGGCUCCAAAAGUCCCCACAAGAAGAAGCACUGA